CGCGUUACUGAUUAUACUGUCGCGAGACCUUUACAUCAUACCCAGUCUCGCGUGAUGACAAGUUUCGCUGCUGAACUGCACACAAGAGAAGAAGAAGUGGCGGCAGGGAAAACCAAAAUGUCCGCUCCUAAAACCAUCCCGAAAGACGCUCAGGUGAUGAUUCAGAUCCUGAAGGACAUGGGGAUCACAGAGUAUGAGCCUCGAGUCAUCAACCAGAUGCUGGAGUUCACCUACAGAUAUGUAACAACGAUCAUUGAAGACGCCAAGAUUUACUCCACACAUGCCAAGAAGUCCAACAUAGACGCUGACGACAUCAAACUUGCGAUCCAGUGCCGCAUGGACCAGUCGUUUACCUCACCACCACCAAGGGAUUUUUUGCUGGAGGUCGCCCGGCAAAAGAACCAGGCUCCCCUCCCACUGAUUAAACCCUACACUGGACCUCGGCUACCCCCAGACCGCUACUGCUUGACUGCGCCCAACUACCGACUUAAAUCCAUACAGAAGAAGGUGUCAAUGUCUGCCAGCAGGAUUUCGGUGCCUCGACUCAGUGUCGGCGCCGCCUCCAGCAGACCGACCACGCCGACCCUCGGAACUCCCUCUAUCCAAGCCGUCACCACUAAAGUUGGAGCUUCAGUGUCUCUGACGGGACAAAGGUUCACAAUGCAAAUACCUCAGCCCUCUCAGACGACCACCACCAAAAUCACAACGCCGUCCACGCCGACUGUCUCAAACGUCCUCAUCAACCCGUCUCUGAUUGGCUCCAAAAACAUCCUCAUCACCACCAACAUGGUGUCACAGAACGUGGCCGGAGAGUCACUGAAGAGGAAGCAUGAGGAUGACGAUGACUACGAUGCCUUAUGAUGGCAAGGCUGAAGAUGAUUGCAGCUGUUUUUUCGUUUUGUUGUAAAUAUUUUGAACAAACCUUAAAAGUUACAUAGAGACUGACAGUGAUCCAGACUGUUAACCUCAAGACACUGCUUUAGCUAGAGACUAAGCUUCACCUACAUGCUGGGAGGUUACCAGUAAAACCAGUUUACUGCAACUCACAUCUGAGGCUGUGGACUAAAACCAGCAACAACAUAUGUACUCGGAUAUGAGGUAGACGAGAUUACUGAUGCCUUCAUGUGUAAAGAUGUGGACAAUUUUUUGGCAAGCUCAGGCGAGAUUCAGCAACUGCUUCUUCAUGCUAAAAUGGUUCAAAGUUACUUUCAGAAAGUCUGCAACUUAAACAGUUUUAAUGGAUAUAAAAGAUAAAAUCUUCAAGUGUGAUAUGUAUUCACCUAAAUAUCUACCAUCCAAAAAGUGAUAAACACAGAACAGUGUCAUCAAUCAGCUGUGGUCUGGACAACAGCAGGAUCUGUUAGUUCAUUUUACCUUUAAUAAAAAGAAAACAAAUAAAAAUCUCAAAAUAAAAAUACAUGGCUAAACAA